CUGCGCCGGACUCAGUGAGGGGUUUCGGGACUCAGAAAGAUAAGGACACCGCAGCGUUUGUGGAUUAAUUUGUCUCUCUUAAGACUGGCUGUCGGUCAUUUUUUGUCCGAAUCAGGAUUUCCUUCGGCAGCAAUGUUUCAGGAUUCAACAGCUGUGUUCUUCAUCCCUGUUGAAGCACAGUGUUGGGUCUGAGAACUGAACUGAACCACAGGACAACAGGCACCAGGCCUAAGGGCCACUGGACUGUGAAAGCAUGCUUGCUGCCAUGCUGCGGCAGAGUACUGGUGGUGGAUCAGGAGGUGGUGGUGGCGGUGGUGGUAGUGGCAGCAGCAGCAGCAGCAGUGGUGGUGGAACCAAACUCUCUCUAGGUAUCUCCCGACUCUCUGGCUCUGGUUUGAGUUUAGCGGGCCCUGCUGGCGUGGGCCCCUGGGUGCCCGGCAGAGCCUCCAAAAGUGGCUCAGUGAGCUCCGACAGCCCUGACAUCCCUGCCUCAGACCCCAACUAUAUUAUGCAGCUGGUCAGCGAUGUGCGCAAGUUUGCUGAUGUGCUUCUGCAACUCAAAGAAGUUUUCAACUCCAAAGAGCACCAGGACUGCCUCCAUCAUGCGGUUCACGAGCGCCUCGGGGAGUUGCUGCGUGUCCUGAAGGCCAUCAUCAACAAACACCAGAGCCUCAACUCAGUAGACAUUCUCAGUACAGCUGGAACCGUCAUCGCCACGGUCAAAGGAGUGAACUUCAAGGAGGUGAACGAAGAGAACAAACAGAAGCUUUUCGGAGAGAUCUACACUGCUAUUGACACAUUGGCAUUCACCUUUGGCAAUGUAGUGUCUGACUUCCUUAUGGGAGAUGUAGAGAAUGGAUCAGUGUUGGGGCUCCCCCUAACUAAGAGAAGCAGGUCUUUUGAGAACCUCUCAGUGGAAUCUGGAGGAUCCGGCCCCGAGAAAGAUGAUCCGCCAGGGCCAUCUCCGCCGGUUCGAGUGGAAGAGGUGGACAGGACACUGCAGCGGCAGGACAGUGGGGUGGAGUCUGCGCUGCUCUAUGCCAAGGCCUGGUCCAAGUACACCAAAGAGCUGCUGGCAUGGGUGGAGAAGCGUCUCAGUAUGGAUAUCGAGUGUGCAAAGAGUUACGCCAAGAUGGCAGAAUCUGCCAAGACACUUGCAAGUCAACAGGAAUUCAUGCCUUUCCGAGAGAUCUACAUGACUGCUUUCAAAAAUGACAUUGAAUACAGCCAGCUGGUACUUCACACUGCAGCAGUACUCCAAAGCAACAAAUUUAUGCAGCCUCUCCUAGCUAGAAAGAAUGAGCUGGACAAACUACGAAAAGAGGUCAAGGAACAGUGGCAGAGAGAACAAAAGAAAAUGCACGAGGCAGACAGUGCUCUGAAGAAGGCUCGGCUGCUGCAGGCUCAGCGGCAGGAGGAGUAUGAGAAGGCCAAAGUGUCCACCAGCCGCCUGGAGGAGGAGCAAAUUGGAGGAGGGGGGGGAGCAGCGGCUGUCAAACAGCUAGAGAAAAGACGCAGGCUGGAGGAGGAGGCCCUGCAGAAGGCUGAGGAAGCCAAGGAUCACUGCAAAGCUUGUCAGAUUGAUGUCGGGGAGAAGAGAGUCGAUCUAGUCAACACCAAGAGUGAGAUCAUCACUCAGCUGCGAGAGAUGGUCUCCCAGUGCGACCUCACCCUCAAGGCUGUGACAGUCAAUUGGUUCCAGCUACAGCAAGCCCAGGUGGUGUCUCUCCCCGUCAACCACCAGAGCCAGUGUGAAAAUGCCAAGCUUUACGAGCCGGGCCAGCGAUACAUCGACUUUGUCAGGAGUUUGCCCACAGACGGACCUCGCCUGGAGUCCCACUCGUUUGAUUCAGCUGUCUCACCAAACACAGGAAUGCCUCUCAACAAGCGCUCACUAAGUGGCAGCCACUCAUCCCACAGUAAUCUGUCACAGGCAUCCGUGACCUCUGACCUCCUUGGUGCAGAUGACAUGGACAGUCCCAUCAAUGCCCAACAUGCCAAGGUUGCAGAAAGGCACUCCAACAGUAGCACUGACAUCCAAGCACUUCGGAUUCAGGGCCCGUUUCGUCCCUGGCCCUCAGCCAGCCAGGGUGGAGGGAUGUGCAGCGACUCUGAAAGUGCUGGAGGGAGCAGCGAGUCUCGCUCUAUGGACUCACCCACUGCAAGCCCAGGAGACUUCAAGAGGAGAUUACCCAGGACCCCCUCCACCGGCACCAUGUCGUCUGCCGAUGACCUAGAUGACAGGGAGCCUCCCUCGCCUUCUGAUAAUGGUUUAAAUGAGAUGGUAAUAGAGACAGCCAGCUCUCCAGGUCCCUUUAGAAACACGCAGAUGUCCAAGGCCGCUCAAACCCACAAGCUGAGAAAACUUCGAGCGCCCUCAAAGUGUCGAGAGUGCGAUGGCCUGGUGGUGUUUCACGGAGCAGAGUGCGAGGAGUGUUCGUUAGCCUGCCAUAAGAAGUGUCUGGAAACCCUGGCCAUCCAAUGUGGCCAUAAGAAGCUUCAGGGGAGGCUGCACCUCUUUGGCAUUGACUUCACGCAGGCAGCUAAGAACAGCCAGGACAGCAUCCCCUUCAUCAUACGGAAGUGUACAUCGGAAAUUGAGAACAGAGCACUCAACAUUAAGGGGAUCUACCGCGUGAAUGGCGCCAAGUCUCGGGUAGAGAAGUUGUGCCAAGCGUUUGAGAAUGGCAAGGACCUGGUGGAGCUUUCCGAGCUUUACCCCCAUGACAUCAGCAACGUACUCAAACUCUACUUGAGACAGCUUCCAGAGCCCCUCAUCCUGUUCCGCUACUAUAAUGACUUUAUCGGUUUGGCCAAGGAAAGCCAGAGCAUCAUCUUGGAGGAACUGGAGGCCUUUCGCCUCAGUCCCACCCCGGUGACCCCAUCCCAAGUCAGUGUGGAGCUCAACCGGGUCCUCUUCAAGAUCAAGGACCUGCUGAGGCAGCUUCCACUUGCUCAUUACAAAACACUGCAGUUCCUCAUAGAGCAUCUGCACCGGGUGACAGAGCAAUCAGAGGAGAAUAAGAUGACAGCGAGCAACUUGGGUAUCAUCUUUGGCCCAACACUGAUCAAGCCAAGACAGGCGGAUGCCGAAGUAUCCCUUUCCUCUCUGGUGGAUUAUCCCUAUCAGGCACUCAUCGUGGAGCUCCUCAUCAGACACUACGAGAUGAUCUUUGACACCCCACUCAGUCCCCUUGGCAGCACCUCACCCACAGAGGUUGAUGGCUAUCACCGCCUCACCCCCCAGGAGAAGGAGCGGCAGCUGAGCAGGCACUCCAAGUCGCUGGGAGACAUUAAGGAGCAGAGCUCUAAGGUGUAUAAGAGGCAUUCCUCAAUAAUUCCCUCUUCCCAUUUGUUGGCGGAGGUUCAGGAGACUGCACCAAGCCUUGAUGGAAGUGAUUUUGAACCAGCUGACAAUGCGGAUUCAGAGGCCUUCAAUGGGGUUUUGUCAUCGAGUGUCACUGAGGGUCCGAAACCUGGCGAACGAGGGCUCUGUCGCUCUCAACAAAUCACCAUCACCAGGGUGCAGCUUCGACAUCCUCGCAAACUCUUGCGGCCAGUUAGCAUGCCAGCCGAGCAGAUCCUCAACCGAGGCCAAGUGGACGAGAAUAACAGCCGGAACAGUAUUGAUGAAGAUGACAGGAGAGGAGGCAUUUGCAGCCAGUCCAUUGAAGAGGUGGACGAAAGUGAGAAAACAAAAUUGCGUGCAGGGACACAUUACCGGAGUACAUUUAUUGACACCCAGACAUUGCGCAGAACUUGGGACAAGCAGUACAAGCACCACGAUGUUACUUCGAGGACUGUUAGAAUUGUGUCCAGUAUGUCCACAGAAACAGCAGUGGAUGCCAGCAACUUAUCAGCUUCUCUGCCGGUAUCAACAAACUUCCUUGGAACUUCUGGUGGCUCUAUAAGUACCAUCUACCCUAACAGACCUUAUACUGUCGCAGUGCGACCCAGCAGGACUUUGAGAAGGGAGGACAAUGUAACAAAGUACAACCCUAUCACAACAGCUUUCAGGGCCCCCAGGACUCUCCAGCCUCCCCCAGGAACUUUCUACAAGCCCCCAUCAGGGAGCAAAACCAAAGCGCUGCAGAACUGUGUGUUAACCAACAGUGCUGAGGAAGAAGAUGAGGAGGAAGAGGAGGAGGAGGAGGAGGAGGAGGAAGAGGAUGAUGAGGAUGAGGAUGAGGAGUUGGGUCUUGAGAUAGAAGUGUCUGUAGAUGAGCCUCUUGAGGAGGACAUUGAGGCCGAGCAGGCGGCCAUGUCUCAGUCUCCCAGCCCUAGCCCUGAGGAACUGGGCCCAAACCAGGCCAAACCAGUGUACCAGAGACUAAGGCCCAGACGCCUCCAAGAGGUAGAACAUAGAGAGGCUCAUUUCGUGUGAUCUUCUAACACCCAUAAUGUCUUGGGCCAUCACGGAUCAAAGACACAGUGAUCGAAUGUGCCAUAUUUUCUAUUAGAGAAAGAAAAAGAAACAUCUGCAUUGACUCAAUGUAAAGAAAAGGACUAGAUGUAUGAUAUAUGGGCACUGUGCGGAGAAGUAAUGAACCUUUGGUCCUCAAAAGACAAACAGGAUGCACUUGAAAUACUGUAUAUUUUUUAACACGAUUCACCAAUAUUUCAUUUACCAAUCACUUGCUCAAUACACACCAGGUCGGAAUAUUUAUAAUUCUUUUUUGAAACUGUGCAAUUACAUUUUGUUUGAAUAUUUUGUAUAGCGUUCUUACAGACUUACUAUCUAUGUAUGUUUAUAUACCAAAAAGCUAUAUUUGAAUCGUUACAAUAGUGCAUGUAGCCACAACACUGAAAUAAAAACAAGUUUGGUGCACUUCUCUGACAUCAAUACUCCACAAAUCUUUUCUGAGUUGUGUUUCUACCUACUGUGAGUCAGAAUGUUUUAAACUGUUACACUUAGGCUAUAAUUAAUCAUUUUGCUAAUAACUUGUGUAUAAAGCAAUGUAAUGACUUCUGUCACAUGCUGUACUGGGUAUCUGUAUUGGCAUUCGGCAAUGCUAUGAAGCACCAGUUGCAAAGGGUAUACAUCCACUUGUUUUUAUACUUUUGAACAUGUAUGGUGUCAACUUACACUGAUCUGAAAAGCUUUUAGAGAUGCCAUUGGAUUCAAUCAUGGCAUUAUCUUUCUUAUUUUAAUAUACCAUUUACAUUUCUUGAUAGCCAAAGCUGUUUUUUUUUUCUUUUUACAACUGAAGUAGUUUUAUUAAUAACCUAAACCUUACAGGUUCUUUGUAAGUAAUAGGAGGCGCAUCAUUUAUUUAAAUGGUAUCUGUUUUUCAUGGUAAUCUACACGGUUGACAGAAUGUUAAAAAGUUCAAUGUAAAAAAACAGGUACAUGAAAACGAACACCCUUUUGUAACUUAUUAAAAUAUAUCUGACAACUUCCAA